AUGGCCACCACGCGAAGCGAGCCAGGGUUGCGCGCUACCAGCCAGCAAGUAGUGCACACCGUAAAAGAUGGUGUCGCAGCCGAGUCAGAGGAAGACCCAUUCUGUGGAAUGCCAGAGGAUGUAUAUAGGAGCGGUGCGUUUCUAAAUCCGUGGUUUAACCCACAGGCUCGAAAUUACAAUUGGGAUGGUACCGAUCCACGCUACGGUGGAGAAUCUCAUUCCGUAAGAGCCAACCACCCAGCCGGGCACGGACAGGGCCACGAGGAGGCCGUGGAGCUAGGGGAGCCGGUGGACGCGCUGAUGGACGCAGAGACGCAGCCAUACAGCGGUUCACCAGACCUCGGGACAGAAACUCCGGCGACGGAGGAGGACCUGAGAUCCUGUCGAGCUGCCAAUGGCAAGACAGCGUCGGAGUUCCGGGGAGGACUUCUAGCUCCUCGCGAGAACGUUCCUCAUCCAAGCAGUCCCACAAGCCGCCUUGCGGGUGGUGCAGCGGGGCGGGAUAGUGCGCGUGUGGAGGGCGAGAAGCAAAAUGCUGGAGGAACGAGAGUCGACCGCGUUGCUCGGGAUGUCGAAAGGGAGCCACAGCAGGUGCAGAGGGACAAAGCGGAGGGUAAGGUGGUGGCGUUGCGCCCUACCGUUGUGGGCCUCGCCAACUCAGCCGACGUAGGUCGUCGCUUGCCAUAUGAGCCAACUUCACCCAAUGCUGCCUCAUCGCCGGGACCCACAGCCCCAACUAGCAAGCAUGGCCGUACAGCGUUUGUGCAGGACACGGAGACCAGGGCCACGCGUGGAGUCAACGGAGGGAUGCUGACGCACAAACAGGCCGAACACGCGGAGCAGAAAGGGGGGGCGGCAUCACUGCCAGGUCUUGGCCACACCAACAACACAGACCGCCACGCAACCAAGUGCAAAGAUGAGGAGACCGCUCAGGCCGAGACGGGAGUAUAUCCGCGGACAACGUCGAUGGGCCAUGACGGUGCCGCGCGUGCCAGUGCGGUGACAGGUAUGGGCCGUGUGCAACAACUCAAUGCAGCCGCAUUGCUCGCUCAUCAGUGGUCAUGCCUUCCCGUUUAA